AGAUGACGAAACACAGAUGACGUGUCGAUGUCGACAGUGGCUCAGCGCAUCUGAGGGAAGUGCCCCCACUGUCAGAAAUGGCAGCUGAUAUCACAUUAUUAUUCAAAGCCAGUGUAAAAACGGUCAAAACGCGAAAUAAAGCUAUAGGAGUUGGAUUUGAUUCCGCGAAAGACGAAAUAUUGAAGAAGAGCAGACCGAAGAAUGGCUUCUCCACCAGGGCGAAAGAGGUGAUCUCCAACAUCACAAAGCUGAAGGACUUCCUGUUGCAGCACAGGAAGGAUUAUGUGAACGCCGACAGCCUCGUCUCCUCUAGUGUGUCAUGGAUGACGGACACAGAGCGGGACCAGAUCGACCAGGACGCUCAGAUCUUCAUGCGGACGUGCUCGGACGCUAUCAAGCAGCUCCGAGCAGAGGCUGAGAAGAACGUCAUCUCCACCCAGGUGAAGGAACACAGGGGAGCCAUUCUGAACCUGAUUGAGGAGUACCUGAAAGGUAUAUGCAAGCUGUACUCAGAGCAGAGAGCAAUCCGAGUGAAGAGGGUCGUGGACAGGAAGAGGCUCUCGCGCUUGGAGCCCGAGCAGCACAGCAGGAGCAGCACGCAGCAGAACCCCGUCGCAGAGAAGACGGAGGAGGAGAAGGAGCCGAAGGAGGAGACCAGCGAAAAGGUAGUGUCAGAGGUUGCGGAGGACAGUGUCAGCACCUGGGAGGAGGCCAAAGUGGAGGAUGAGCUGUCACCAGAGGAAAUUCAGAUGUUUGAACAGGAGAACCAGAGACUAGUUAGUGAGAUGAGCAACCUGGUGGAUGACGUGAGGAAGAUCGAGGGCAAAGUGGUGGAGAUCUCUCGGCUCCAGGAGAUUUUUGCUGAAAAGGUCCUGCAGCAGGAAACAGAGAUAGAUAACAUCCACCAGCUUGUUGUAGGAGCCACAGAAAAUGUCAAAGAAGGGAAUGAGGACAUUAGAGAGGCCAUCAAGAACAAUGCCGGGUUCCGCGUGUGGAUCCUCUUCUUCCUUGUCAUGUGUUCCUUCUCACUGCUCUUCCUGGACUGGUACGACAGCUAGCCCAUCACAAGCAGUGCAACAGCACAUGGAUGCCCUGACAGUCUGGUCCCAUGACAGUAGGCCAUUGGUUGAAGCUCCACUCUGCCUUUCCUAGAACUACCCCACCCCAAAAGGAAGUCUAGUCCUUGACGUCUUGGCUUUUCCUACCCUGGUCUCUCCUUGUCCUCCGUCUCUGUUUUACAGAUUCAUUACAGAAAGAGCAUAACCCAUCGGGGAGUCUGUAUUGUGUUAUUUUGUCUGUGAUUCCAUGCUCUGCUUCACACUAAGAUGAGAAUGUCGGUCUUCCGUGGGGAUGACUGGCUCUACAUAAAGGGUGCCUUGAUGGUGUCAUGUUAACUGUAAAGCCCUUGUUACCUGAGCUGUAUGGCGAGCCUCUCAAUAAUGUUCAGCCAGGCUGGCAUAGCGCUUCACACUUUGGGAAUAAAUGUGUCUGAUUUAUUCAG